AUGAACUUCACCAACGCCGAGCUCUUGAAAGCCCGUGAGAGGAAAAUGGCCCGUUUUUCCCCGAAGUUCAACACUGAGGGCGACCGGAAAAAACGGAGUGGUGCUGAGAACCAAGCCGAGGGCGCUCAGGCCCCCAAGAGGAGGAGAUUAGUCAAAGGCUCCUCCGCCGGCUCCUCCAACCCCGGCGUUCAACCCACCGCCGCCGCUGUGACCAAAGGCAAGAAAGCUGCCGCCACUGCUGCCAUUGUAAGCUCCAAGUCUCCGACUGACGGGACGAGCCAACUCCCUGCCGCCGAAGCUUCCGCCGUCACGGUUGGGGCCACUGAGCCUGUCACCGUCACAGCCCCCGAUUCCGCUGCCGCUGGUACAGCCACCGCUGCCGCCUCCAAGUCUGCCACUAUAGGCGCCACUACCACAACCGCUGACCAGCCAUCAACUGCUGGCACAAACGCUGCAGCUGCCGCCACAUCGCCAGCCAACUCUUGGAUGAUCAGUGCGUGGCUAACGCCUGCCACCUAG